UCGAGGUUCUUUGAUAAUAGUAAAUUCCCAAAGCUUGGUGCCUUGUGGCGGGCGUCCGCAGGUAUUCCUCUUCGCUUGGCCACCGAUUUUCUCGUUCUACGAUUCUCUCCUUUGGGCUUCACCAUCUCUGAUCAAAUUGGGUUUGGGCACGAUGAGUGGGGUAUUUGAAGGGUAUGAACGCCAAUACUGCGAGCUCUCGGCGAACCUUUCAAGAAAGUGCACUUCGGCUAGUGCCCUAAAUGGAGAGCAAAAGAAGCAAAGGGUUUCUGAAGUAAAGUCUGGAAUUGAUGAAGCAGAAGCUCUGAUUCGGAAAAUGGAUCUUGAGGCCAGAAGUUUGCCGCCUAAUGUUAAGGCUGUCCUUCUAGCUAAAUUAAGAGAGUACAAAUCUGACCUCAACAAUUUGAAAAGUGAAGUUAAACGCAUCGAAUCUGGAAACUUAAAUGCAGCCACUAGAGAUGAGUUGCUGGAAUCAGGAAUGGCUGAUACACUUACGGCAUCGGCUGACCAAAGAACGAGAUUAAUGACCACAACAGAGAGGCUAGGUAAGUCAAGUGAUAGAAUCAAGGAAAGUCGAAGAACCAUGCUAGAAACUGAAGAACUUGGAGUUUCAAUUCUCCAAGAUUUGCACUCACAGCGUCAGUCUCUCUUGCAUGCUCACAAUACGCUUCACGGAGUGGAUGACAAUAUUGGCAAGAGUAAGAGAAUAUUAACGAACAUGUCAAGAAGGAUGAACAAGAACAAAUGGAUUGUUACAUCCAUAAUUGUUGUUCUUGUCUUGGCCAUCAUCAUGAUACUGUACUUCAAACUUUCUAAAUAGCAAGGUUAUCCUCCCUCUUCAUUUGGGUUUGUCAGCUUUGAGUGUUGGAACAUGAGUUCAUGUUCUAUGUAUUUUUCUUCGUCUAUUGUGAGUUUGCACGUGAAUUAUGUUAUGGUUAAUUCUUUGUUGCCUGCAUCUUAGUCUUCUGUAAGAUUGGCAAGUGUUCAAAAACAAUAUUAAUGAUGUAAGGUUUGCCCAACGCUUUGUAUACACUGUGUAAUGUCCUAUGGGGUAUCGAAUUUGUUUACUCUCAGAGCUUAAAUUGA